UCAUUAGCUUUUAUUGUAUUUUCUCUUGCAUUAAAAUGUAAUUAAUUAUUUUAUAGAUUUGAUGUUUUUUGUAUUUGAUUGAAUGACCUGCUCUCAAAUUCUAUUCUUGAAUGCUCACAUGCCCAUUUUUGCUGAGUUUUUUGUUUUAAGAAAAAGUGAAUUUUGAUUGAUUUUGUAUUAAAUACAGAUGAUUUUAUAUCUGGGUGUUUAUGGGAUUUGGGUAAUUUUAGGAUUUUGUAUCGAAGUACCAUUUCGGGAUGGAAAAUCAGGACUUUAAGAAGGUAAUUCGAGGAUGGACCAUGGGGUGGAACAUAAUGAGGAAAAUACUGCAAAAGUGAAGGUAGUUGAUGAUGGGUUGACAGAAUCGAAGGAGGUUAGUGUUGAUGAUGAUGGGUUGUUGGAAACAAAUCUUAAGGAGGAAGCUGUUGGUGUUACUGCUCAUGGUUAUAACAACUCUCAAGAGUCUGAGGAGUUUGAGGAGGCAGUUGAAUUACCUUUAGACGACACGAAUGAUGGGUCAAAACUGGAUUCAGAUGUUGUUGGUGUUGGUGUUGGUGUUAGUGCUAGUUUGAAUGGGGAAAAUGAUGCAGAUUUUUCGGCUGCUGAGGGAAGUUCAAGAUUACUAGAUGAAGCCGAGAUGACUGAUGCAGUAGAGGAAUUUAGUGAGGGAAGAGAUGAUAAUACAGAGAGUAAAGAGAUUAGGGAAGAAUCAUCAAUGGCAAACAGCCACGAGGAUUCUGUGAUUACUGUGAGUGAUGAUGGUAGUAUGAUCAAUGAUUUUUCCGCGGAACAGUCUCAAGGUGAAGGGUCAGAAGUUGUGGAGAUUGAAGCUGUAGAAGGUGAUGAGGACGCUGUUGAUAAAUCUGUUGUCUUUGAGGCAUCAGAAAAAAGCAAUGUUGGGCCAGUGGAUCAAAAUGAUACUGGUGCUAGCCUAGCCGAGGAUGUCAAAGAUGUAAUAACAAAUGGAGAUGUUGAUCAUGUCAAUGAAACAGAGAAAGACGUAGGGGAUCCUUCGGAUGACGUUCAUUUCCAGACUCCAAAGGCGAAGCCUGAUGAAACUAUUUUUAGGAAUUUGAAAACUGAUGAUGGUGAUGCAAUUUCAUCAAGCAUUAGUGAGGAGAGUGCAGGAGUUGUAUCCGAGAAAGUUUUGGACAAGACCAGUACAGAGAAUGAUGAUAGUAUUAAGGAACUUGAAGCUGAGGUUUUAAUCCCCGAGCAUCAAGAUGAUGAUUUAAAGAUAGAGGACAAGUCGUCAGAUACUAGUUCUUCACUUAAUGUUGAAGCUUUAACUUCUAAACCAGAGAUCUCCACUCCUUCUGUUGGAUCCUCGUUGAAGGAGAUAAAAAACGAGAGUGCCUCUUCUAAUUCGGGAAUUCAAAAUAAUGCUGUUAAUGAGAUGCAGUCUUCUGGGACAGUUGGUCGUGAUAACAAUCCUUUAGAAGUAUCAAAAAAUGAGCAGGAGAAACCAAACAGUCAAGCAAGGGAGGAAUCAACGGUUAAGCCUGCAGAAAAAUCAUCUGCUGCGUCUGGGAAGUCUGCAACUCCAUCUGUUCGUCCUGCACAACCUGCUGGACUUGGACGUGCGGCCCCACUCUUGGAGCCUGCAGCAAGAACAGCCCAUCAUUCGCGAGUUAAUGGGCAAGCUUCUCAGGCACAAAUCAACAGUGCUGAAGACACUACAAACGGGGAGAUUGAGGAAGGUGAUGAAAUUCGGGAGAAGCUUCAGAUGAUAAGAGUGAAGUUUUUACGUCUUGCUCAUAGGCUGGGGCAAACUCCUCAUAAUGUUGUUGUUGCUCAAGUGUUGUACAGAUUAGGCUUAGCAGAACAACUUAGAGCAAGAAGUGGGGGCCGUGUUGGGGCCUUCAGCUUUGAUCGCGCUAGUGCCAUGGCGGAGCAGCUGGAGGCUGCUGGACAAGAACCCCUUGAUUUUUCUUGUACAAUUAUGGUUCUUGGAAAAACAGGAGUUGGUAAAAGUGCAACUAUCAAUUCCAUAUUUGAUGAGGUGAAGUUUGGCACUGAUGCUUUCCAAAUGGGUACAAAGAAGGUUCAAGAUGUCGUGGGUACUGUGCAAGGGAUUAAGGUGCGGGUGAUCGAUACUCCUGGACUUUUAUCAUCUUGCUCUGAUCAGCAUAUGAAUGAGAAGCUCCUUCACUCCGUGAAACGUUUCAUUAAGAAAUCUCCUCCAGAUAUUGUGUUGUACCUUGAUAGGCUGGAUAUGCCAAGUAGGGAUUUCGGUGAUAUGCCGUUGUUGAGGACUAUAACGGAGAUAUUCGGACCAUCUAUUUGGUUCAAUGCGAUUGUUGUCUUGACCCAUGCUGCAUCAGCACCCCCGGAAGGGCCUAAUGGUACUCCUUCUACUUAUGACAUGUUUGUCACUCAACGCUCACAUGCGGUACAGCAGGUUAUUCGCCAAGCUGCUGGGGAUAUGCGGCUAAUGAACCCUGUUUCUUUAGUUGAAAACCAUUCAGCGUGCAGAACGAAUAGGGCUGGUCAAAGAGUUUUGCCGAAUGGUCAGGUUUGGAAGCCUCAUUUGCUGUUGCUCUCAUUUGCAUCCAAGAUAUUGGCCGAAGCAAAUAUACUUUUGAAGCUACAGGAUUCACCACCUGGGAAACCGUUCACUGCUCGUGCACGAGCUCCACCUUUACCAUUCCUCCUCUCUUCACUUUUGCAAUCAAGGCCUCAAUUGAAAUUACCUAACGAGCAGUUUGGUGAUGAGGAUACUUUGGACGAUGAUUUGGAUGUAUCUUCCGAGUCUGAUGAAGAGUCGGAAUAUGACGAAUUGCCUCCAUUUAAGCCUCUAACUAAAGCCCAGCUGUCUAAGCUGCCCAAAACUCAGAAGAAAGCUUACUAUGAUGAGCUUGAAUAUAGAGAGAAGCUUUUUAUGAAGAAACAGAUGAAGGACGACAGAAGACGACGGAGGAUGAUGAAGAAAAUGGCAGACUCCGUCAAAGAAAUGCCUACUGAGUACAGUGAAAACGUUGAUGAAGAAUCUGGUGGUGCUGCAUCAUUACCAGUACCAAUGCCCGAUUUAGCAUUGCCUGCUUCAUUCGACUCCGAUAAUCCUACUCACAGAUACCGAUACUUGGAUUCAUCCAAUCAGUGGCUAGUCAGGCCAGUUCUCGAUAAUCAUGGUUGGGAUCAUGAUGUUGGUUACGAAGGUAUCAACGUAGAACACAUGUUUGUAGUCAAGGACAGGAUUCCCUUGUCUUUCUCUGGUCAGGUCUCAAAAGAUAAGAAAGAAGCCAAUCUUCAGAUGGAAGUAGCCAGCUCUAUAAAACAUGGGGAAGGAAAAGCUACAACAAUGGGUUUCGACGUGCAGAGUGUUGGGAAGGACAUGGCCUACACGUUACGCAGCGAGACAAGGUUCAGCAACUACCAUCGAAAUAAGGCUACAGCUGGUCUCUCAGCUACUCUGAUGGGUGAUGCUUUAUCAGCUGGAGUGAAGCUAGAAGACAAAUUAAUCAUCAACAAGCAAUUGAGGAUGGUAAUGAGCGGUGGUGCUAUGGCAGGUCGUGGAGAUAUCGCAUAUGGUGGAAGUUUGGAAGCCACUUUCAGGGAUAAAGACUACCCUAUUGGCCGUUUCCUUUCUACUCUCGGGCUGUCAAUAAUGGAUUGGCACGGGGAACUCGCUCUCGGAUGCAAUAUCCAGUCUCAGAUCCCGAUGGGACGAUCUACAAAUUUGGUUGCUCGGGCAAACUUGAACAACCGAGGAUCUGGCCAAGUCAGUUUUCGUUUAAACAGCUCAGAACAGCUUCAGUUGGCACUUAUUGCUUUCCUUCCUCUGUUCAGAAAGCUAAUGGGUGGUCAGCGUCAAGAUCACCCUCUUGAGUAUUGAUAAAAGAAGUGAUCGAUAGCAUUAUGCACGACAAUAGGAAGUAAGUUCGACAAUAGCUUGUCGUCAAAGUUUAGCAGUGAGUAAUCUCUUCCAAUCUUCCUUUUUUUUUGGUUUUCCAUUGCCAUUUUAAUUUCCUUGUUAGAUAUUUGCGUGACCUUUAUGCGUUUAAGAUUGAAAACUCAAGUUCAUGAUCUUAGUAUAGCUUUGCUUUUUUCGAUUUGAAGGAAUUGCUUGUUACAUGUGAAAAUAGUAUGUACUUUCAAUGCAUAUGAAAUUUUGUUCAGUAGUUUCGAUAA